GCGUCUUUCUCUAAGUUACAGAGACGCCCAAGACAUGAGGCAGUUGGCCAUCACCAUUUCAGCAAGAAUGCUCCCAAUUGAUCAUAAGCGACUGCACUGGCUACAUGCGUCCGAUAUCUGUCUUCACGGUUUCAAGCUUUACCGAGACAUCAAGCGAGUAUCACACCUCUCCAACAAACUUUCAAGCUCAAGUCUUAUAUCUCAUGACCGCUCACCUUGCGGCUCGCUGUAGACUAGUAUAAAGUAUCUGCGUAUCUAUGGGACCCUUAGACUAGAUGGGUGACGCGGACAAGAUUACUAUUACAUCCAUCAGCGAGGAUGAACCGCUCGUGGGCAGAAGGGAGUUGUGGAGCUAUUAUCGCGAGUUCCGGUCCAUAUGUAUCGACCCUUGUCAGGCAGGCCCUAGUUUGCCUGAAGGUGAACACCACAUAAGGAUUGGAUGGAAGGAGGUGAGUCAUGGCUGCACUGAAGACAUACAAGCAUCUUCCCUAGAGCUUUGCAUAUCUCUUCUCACACACAGAUGUACUGUUCGGUUAACAGCAAGUUCGAUCUCGUUCCUGCAAAAUACCCCCUUGGGCUUGUCACAGGCUACUACCUCGACUAUGAGUAUGAAGAAGAUGUGGGGUAUGAUUGGAAUACGGACAGAAAACUUUGAGUCG